GCUCUCCUUCUCUCUUCAUUCAUUCUUCCCUCUCUCUUAUUCUCAUUUGCAUAAACCACAUCAUCUUCCUCCUCCCUUCCAAUUACGCCCACGGCCUAUUCAAUUCGGUUCCUUGAUUGCAAUCACAUGGGCUUAUUGUUUUCGUUGCCGGCGGCGACCGCCAUAGCCCCGUCGCCGGAGCCGGGGCUGGGCGACUUGCCGGAGAGCUGUGUGGCGUCGGUUAUUGGCCACCUCGAGCCGAUGCAGAUCUGCCAGCUUGCAAAGCUGAACCGGGCUUUCCGGGGAGCCUCGUCGGCCGAUUUCGUUUGGGAGUCGAAAUUGCCGGUGAAUUACGAAGAUCUUAUCGGUAGGGUAUUCGAAAAUGAUGCCUCUUUCUGCAAGGGUCUCUGCAAGAGGGAUAUCUAUGCGAGGCUUUGUAGGGCGAAUUCGUUCGAUGGUGGCUCUAAGAAAGUAUGGUUGGAUAAGAGGACAGCCAACAUUUGCAUGUCGGUGUCUUCAAAUGGACUGGCGAUAACGGGGAUUGAUGAUAGGAGAUAUUGGAGCCGUAUUCCAACUGAGGAAUCAAGGUUUGCAUUAGUUGCAUAUCUCCAGCAAAUAUGGUGGUUUGAGGUCGAUGGGGAGAUUGAGUUCCCCUUUCCGGCAGGGUCGUACAGUAUAUUCUUCAGAUUACAACUAGGACGUGCCCAUAAGAGGUUUGGGCGUAGGGUUUGCAACUCGGAGCACGUUCAUGGCUGGGAUAAAAAGCCUGUGCGGUUCCAGCUUUCGACCUCAGAUGGUCAGCAAGCAACAAAACAGUGCUACUUGAAGGAGCAAGGGAGGUGGAUCCAUUAUCAUGCCGGAGAUUUUGUUGUCUCCAGCUCGUGCAAGUCGAUCAAAGUCAAAUAUUCAAUGACACAGAUUGAUUGCACUCACACCAAAGGUGGGCUGUGUGUGGAUUCUGUACAAAUACUCCCUGCGGAGUUCAAAGGGAGGUUGCAGCAUUUUUAAUUGCAACCCUUCUCUCUGUUGGAAAUCAACAAUCUUUGUAGAAAAAAUGAGGUGUAAAGGUCUUCAUAAUUCAGAGUGUAGGUUUUGUAGGCCUCAUGGUAAUGAGGUAUCUGGUAAAGAUCUAUAUUUGGGAUCUUUUAUUGUAAAAUAAUGUGCAUCCUUAUUGUAAAAUGGUUCUCCUUUAUGUUUUUUGUAGUACUAAAUAUAUGACCCACAUGUACUAAUCAUGGUGGUUAUGUUCCUUGUA